UCAGAGCGAUCGCUCAGGAAUUGAGAGGGUGUUUGUACGUUAAAAAAAAUCCACUUGAAUUUCAAUUUCCCGCCAAAAGUGCCAACUGAAAUCUCAGGGAUUUCACUCGACCCUCCGCAUGCGCACAUCUCAGCCCAGUAGUUCCGGAAAAGUCUGUCUUGAGGCUCUGCUGAUCAUCUUCACCCCUCCCGGCUGAAGAAAAGUGACAUUUACACUCGACGACUCCCAAAAAUCCUAAGUAAUCAAACACUCAGUGAGAAAUCGGGCGGAGUUUUUCCGUGACGAGCUAAUCAUGUCUCCACAGAGGAUUGUUGGUCAUCUCACGGUAUCUCAGUGUGGACCUUGAGGACAGUUUGUGUGGUAGAUUUUGCUUAUAGAGUCGCCAAAGAUGCCUGAACACUUGGAGUUGCAGCAACUUGUCGACGGAGGCUCUCUGAGACACUCUCGGAGGCGUCUCAUGUCCAUCUUCCGGUGCUCCUGUCCAUACCUGGGCAUUCUCCUCGCCACGCUGUCUUCUCUCUUCUUCUCUCUCUGUUCGGUGAUUGUGAAGGGACUGGUGGAGAUAAAUCCCAUGGAACUGGCGUCAUUUCGUUUCGUCGGAGUUCUCCUGCCCACCAUUCCCAUACUGAUCCAGCGACAGACGCCCAUCUUUCCCGAGGGGAAGCGAAUAAUUCUCCUCUGUCGGUGCUUCGUCGGCACCACAGGACUCAUGCUCAGCUUCUACGCAUUCCGCCACAUGCCGCUCGCCGACGCAUCUGUGAUCAUCUUCUCCACGCCCGUCUUCGUGGCCAUCUUCGCCCGGCUCUUCCUCAAGGAGCCCUGUGGCCCCUUCAACAUCAUCACCGUGCUACUCACCCUCAUCGGCGUUGUCCUCAUCACGCGUCCGCCCGCCAUCUUCGGCGACACGGUGCCCAGCCUCACGGACGACUCCCUCCCGGACGCCAGCUACGACCUGUGGGGGCCCGUGGCCGCCCUCUCGUCCACGCUCUUCGGUGCUAACGCCUACGUCCUCUUGCGCGCCCUCAAGGGGCUCCACUUCUCCGUGAUCAUGACCAAUUUCGGCGCCUUCGGACUCGCCUACACCGCCAUCGUCUCGUGGACGAUCGGCUCGCUGUGCCUCCCGCCGUGCGGCACUGAUCGCCUUCUCGUGGUCGCGCUGGCCCUCUUCAGCUUCCUGGGCCAGAUUCUGCUCACACUCUCGCUGCAGAUGGAGCAGGCGGGCCCCGUGGCCAUCGCCCGGAGCGCCGACAUCGUGUUCGCCUUCUUCUGGCAGGUGAUCUUCUUCCACGAGGUGCCCAACGUCUAUUCCCUCCUCGGCGCCCUCCUUGUCAUCAGCUGCGUCCUUCUCACGGGCCUCCGCAAGUGGGUUCUCGCCCUCCCACGCGACUCCGCCAAGCGCCAGCGCUUCAAGUGGCUCGCCACAGAGUAACUCGCGUGUCCACUCUACUGCAAGAAGGUCAGAAGAGAGCGCGCGA